GAAUCUGAACAACACGACAUAUGGACAAUCCAAUUUAACCACCUGUUUUAUUAUUCAAUAAUCUGAAAUUGCUGACUCAACACAUACAUUUCUUUCUUAAUUACUGGAUGAAUAACAAACAUUAACACUCACUCAUAAGAUAACUCAUUGUUUGGUUUUCUUCUUCUUGUUCUGCGAUACUUGGAUUAAAGUCUCAGAUACACAGUCUUCCUCAACCACACCUAAGGAAAAGAAGGAAAAGCCUGAUGAGUGGGGAAGGAAAGGUGGUGUGUGUGACAGGUGCUUCUGGUUUUAUAGCUUCAUGGAUUGUCAAGUUCCUACUCCAACGUGGUUACACUGUCCGAGCCACUGUCCGUGACCCAAGUAAUCCUAAAAAGGUUGACCACUUGCUUAAACUUGAUGGUGCAAAGGAGAGGUUGCAACUCUUUAAGGCAGAUCUCUUGGAAGAAGGUUCCUUUGACUCUGUUGUUGAGGGUUGUGAUGGUGUCUUUCAUACUGCUUCACCUGUUCGUUUUGUCGUAAAUGACCCACAGGUGGAGUUGAUUGAUCCGGCACUUAAGGGAACUCUUAAUGUUCUUAAAUCAUGUGCAAAGUCAACAUCUGUGAAACGAGUUGUCUUAACUUCUUCUAAUGCUGCAGUUUCAUUUAAUACAAGGCCGAAAAAUCCUGAAGUUGUAGUUGAUGAGACAUGGUUUUCAAAUCCAGAUUUCUGUAGGGAAUCAAAGCUAUGGUAUGUACUUUCAAAGACUUUGGCCGAGGCUGCUGCCUGGAAAUUUGUUAAUGAAAACAACAUUGACAUGGUUUCUCUUAACCCAACAAUGGUGGCAGGACCUCUCUUGCAACCAGAGGUUAAUGAAAGUGUUGAACCAAUUUUAAACCUUAUAAAUGGUAUACCUUUUCCAAAUAAAGCAAUUGGAUGGGUCAAUGUGAAAGAUGUUGCUAACGCCCACAUUCACGCAUAUGAGAUUGCUUCAGCUAGUGGAAGGUGUUUGUUGGCGGAGAGAGUGGUACACUAUUCAGAACUUGCUAUGAUUUUACGUGAUUUGUACCCAACGUUACCAAUUUCAGACAAGUGUGAGGAUGAUGGACCGUAUAUGCCAACAUAUCAGAUUUCCAAGGAAAAGGCCAAGAGCUUUGGAAUCGAGUUUACUCCUUUGGAAAUCAGCCUCAAGGAGACCGUGGAAAGCUUUAGAGAGAAAAAGUUUAUCGACUUUUAAUCCGCCCCGAUAUCCCACUUAAUCAAUAUAUUCAUGACAAGAUGUUAGUGUCAUUUGACUCAUGAAGUGGAAGUGAAACCCAUUUUAGAUUGUUGUUUUUGUUGAAUAAAAAUGUUGACAACUUCGAUCAUUUUCACUUUUUGAUUAUUAUAAACUUCCUUGUUGAGAAGAAAUUAUUAUUAUUAUUGUAAAAUAAGGUGUAUAAACUUUGUAUUUAAUCAAAACGGGCUAAUAUUGCUUGACAAUGGAACAUGUUACUUCGGUUUUAAA